AAAAAAUCAGUCGUAUUUCGGCGCUUGCAGAUUACAGACGCUAUUUAUCAGAUACCCAAGUAUUAGCAACCAAAGGAUCAAUUAUGUCGGAGGGCGAAUCGAAGUUUGGUUUUAAGGAUAUGGAGAAGGCUCUGGAGACUUUGAAGUUGCUGGAGAGCCAUGAUAUGCAGUACCGCAAGUUGACAGUACGAGGUUUGCUAGGCAGGGCCAAGAGAGUCCUAACAAUGACCAAAGCAGAGGAUAAGCUGAAGAACAUCAAUGCAGCCAUUGGUGUCUUUGAGAAGUGGCUGGAGGAGAAUGGUGGUGGAGCUUCCAGUAAGAAUGCCAAGACCGACAGCGAGGACAAGGUGGAGACUGUGCCAGGACUGGGAUUCAAGGACAAGGUAGCUGCGGAGGCGACACUGAGCAUUUUGGCUGAGCGAGAUCCGGACUACCAGAGGUUGGCUAUCAAGGGAUUGAUUGGGAGCUCUAAGCGUGUGUUAUCCGGCACCAAGAACGAGGACAAGAUCACUGCCAUUAAGGAGGGAGUCCAGGUGCUGGAGGAUUUCCUGGAGAAGUUCGAGGCAGAAAACCGAAUCAAAGACAAUCGCGCCUAUCUACCACUUGCAGUGGUGACCAAGCUGCCAGAUCCCAAGGAUGAGUUGGCCAGCGAAUUCUUGGAAGCCUAUGGCGGCUCCAAGGCCAAGGGCAACUACAAGCACCUGCGAACCAUGUUCCCGAAGGCGGAUGAUAAGACCAGCUGGGACAUUGUACGCAACCGUCAGUUGACCAAGUUGCUGGAACAGAUCAAGAGCGAGGAGGCUAAGCUCUUCGAUGCGGAAACUGGAGAACCCACUGAUCUCCACCUGCAGCUGAUCCACUGGGCCUACAGUCCACAGCCGGACAAGCUGAAGCAAUACAUUGAAAAGCUGGCCAAGAAGUCACCGGAGAAGCGCAAGGCGGAGAGCAGCAGUAGUGCCAACGAUUCCAGUAGCACUAGCCAGGAUUCCGACGAGGAAGAUAAGCCCAAAAAGAAGAAGAAGAAGGAGGAGUGAAUCGGGAAUAAUUGAAAACAACACUCUGCUGCCAUUUGAUUAACGAACAGAAACGGUUCAUACAUCCCUGUUUCCGGUUUCCAACCGAUUCAAUUUGGUGGAAAUUUAACAAUUUUGGUUUUAACGUUAUUUUGAAGAACCGAAAUUGAAUCGAUUCCUAACUUGCCAAAUUACAAUGGGUUUCGAAAUCGGAAACACGGUUAAUAGUUUAUUUAAGUAACUCAACCUCAACGCAGAUCUACGAUUAGUGGUGGACACAUAUUUGUUAUUUUUUGGUAUCCCCCCUAUAUACACAGAUAUAUAUAUUUAUGUAUGUAUACAUAGGCGUUUAGAUAUGCUAUAUGUAAAUAUCGUAUAAUACCAUUUGUUGUUUGUCGUUCUGAUGAGCCUAGUCCUUGGAAUCAAUAACCCUAUAUGGUAGUGUCACAUAAAAAGUCGUGAAAAAUGUGCCUCGAAAUGUUUGACAAUUUUUUACUGAGAAAAAUAAAAGUACAUGAAACCA